AUGAGGCAUACUACAAUCGAAAAUGAAAACUAUGACAUAUUCGGUGUAACGUGUAAAUGUGACACAUCAUAUAAAACAUUUAGAAAUUUAUCAUUUUCAGAGAAGGUAAUACGCAGUUUUCAAGCAGUAUUUGCAAUUUUAUAUCAAGAUAUAUCUGGUAUUAGAGAAUAUUAUGAACACUUUAUAUUGAAUCAUACAAUAAGAAGACUACGUUAUGUUACACAUAUGACAUUUUUCUAUGUCACAUUAAAUUUUAUGAAAAAACCUUGUGCAACACUGGAUUUUAGUAAAUCACGUAUAUUUAGAUUUUGUUUUUCUGUAUCACUUUGUGUCUUAUACUUUUUGUCUACAAUACGUGUUUCAAAUAUAUCUCAUUGUAAUGUAUUAAGUAUUAUAUUAAUGUUAUCAAUGUUUUGUCAUGAUUUAUGCGUUAUAGAUGAUGAAAAUUAUUUAAUAAAUAUUACAUAUUUGCAAACAAUCUAUAUUACAGUGCCUUAUUUUCUCUUUUUAUCACUUAAUCUUGAUGUCUUGUUAACUGUAUUAGUAUUGUAUGUUACAGGACAUCAUUUAUUACAUGAUACAUUUUAUUCUUUAUUAAAACCAAAUAAUCCUUAUCAUAAUAGAGAAAUACCUACAUUAGAUACUAUAAUAAGUGAUUCAUUUCAUUUAUUAGUUAUAAUAAAUUUAUGGAUAUUAAUAUUAAUUCCUUGUUUACAUGUACAUAUAUGGGGUCAUUUACGUGGACAUUUAACAUUUUUAUAUUUAACUCAACAAAUGCAUAGUUUUAAUCAAAUAAAUCGACAAUUAAGUCGACAAAAAUUUAUUCAAAACAAUGUUAUUCCUAGUGAAUUUGUACAACAUAUUGGUCAAAAUGUUAAUUACAAUCAAAAUACGAAUUAUAGAGAUAAUGUCAAUGACAAUGAGGAUGAUAAUAAUAAUAAUAAUGACGAUCAAUACGACGAUGACAUACUAGGAGAGGAUAAUGUUGAAAUUGAUUUGGAAAAGUACAAAUACAAAGAUUUGAAUAUUAAUGAUAAUAUAUCUGAUAUUUAUGAUACUAAUCUAAACAAUAUCACCUAUAACUUACCACAUAUAUCUUCCUCUUGCAUUUUGAAUUAUCAUGAAAAUAUCACUAUAGUAUGUGUUAAUUUCUAUGAAUUAAAAGAAUUAUUUCUAGGUCGUAGUACUUUGGAACAAAUAAGAAUAAUUACCCAGAUUUAUUCAUCAAUUGAUGAUUUAUGUGAACAAAUGAAGUGUAUAAAAUUGAAUACUAUUGAAAAUCAUUAUCUAGCUAUAUCAGACUAUAGACAACCAAUAAAUGAAAGUGUUAUUAAUUGUAUUAAUUUCGCCUUAUCAUUAUGUCGAAUAAUGAAACGUAUUGGAUAUGAGUUAAAAUAUCGAUUAAAUUUACGUGUUGGUAUACAUACAGGGGAUAUUGUCACUUGUUUAAUGAAUAAAGAACACUUUAAAUUUGAUAUUUUCUCAACUAAUUUACUGAUAGCACAAAAAUUAGCAAUGACAAGUUUAAUUAAUCGUAUACAUAUAUCAGAUGUAACUUAUGAACAUUGUAAGACAAUAUUUCAAGUAGCUAAAGGUGAUACUAUCAAAUUAGAAUAUUCUACAUCUGGUUUUAUAUAUAAAACAAUUGAUACAUAUUAUAUUGAUCCAAAAGCUUUACCAUAUAAACAUGAAGAGAAAAUUAUUCAUCAGAAUCAAAGAGAAAUUAGUCAUAGAGCAUUGAAUUUACUUAAUGAAUUAAUCUGUUGUUUAAAAGAUGAACAUGAUGACUUUUUAACAUUUAAUCAAGAAAAUAUGUUAGAUAUACAACAGAGUUAUUAUCAAAGUAGACCAACACAAUUUGGUAAAGUAAAUAAGCCCAGCGUAAAAUAUGAUCGUAAACACUUUUUGAGUAGACUACGUAGACAUAUCUAUCAUGAAGAAUUAGAGACUAUUAUUAAACAAUUGGAUGUUGACAAGAGAAAUAAAACUAGUAAAUGGAAAGAAUCUUAUCAGUACGCAUCAGUUAUGUCAUUUUCAACGGCUUAUAUUGAUCCAGAAAUUGAAUGGCAUUAUCAACAUCGUUAUCAAUUUUCAGCUCCUAUGGGACAAUGUGUACUAGAUUCCGAGAAAUGUGCUUUUAUGAUUGAUUUAAUUGUUAUCAGUGUGUACAACUGUUUUCUAAUUAGCUAUUGUAAUUUAUUAUUAAGCCAUUGGAAAUUGAAUGGUAAAAUCAAUAUGAUGACAAGUUUAACAGAGGGGAUUUCAAUCCUUUUGUUUACUAUAAUAGUAUGUGUUUUAUUUGUUAAAUCAAAAGAAAGUUGGCGAGUAAAGAGCAUAAUUGACAAACUAUUUUCUUCAGUAGCAAUAUGUGAUAUACUGUUAUUAUGCUUAUCAUUAUUUCCUAUGGUAUAUGUGUUUUUGCAUGUUUUACUUCCAUGGAUGUUAGGGAAACACGACUUCAAAACUCCUGAUAAUCCCGUGCAUAUUAUGAAUAAUGCUAAUAAUAAUAAUAAUGUUAGUAGUAGUAUGAGUUAUAACAGCGGAAGUACGAAAAUUCCAUCAAAUCACAUUGAACUGCCGGAGAUAUAUCGUCAGUUAUUAGUAUCAUUAGAACCAUUAGUGUGCAUGGCACACUUUUUACCGACUGCAAUAAAUUUUCGAUUAGCAUUAAUUGGACUUGCAUUAAAUUUAAUAUAUAUUCUUUUUUGUAAUAUUUUAUUCUUUCCACCUAGUUUAUUUACACGUAUACCUAAUAGUAUGAAAUAUUCAAGGAAUGAUAGUUCAUAUUUCUAUUUGCAUACUAUUGAAAUCUUGUUUUUUAUAGUGACUACAACAAGAUUAUGCAGAGAGUCGACACAGAUUCAUCGUUUGUUAUUUUAUCAUAAACGUGAAGCUGAUAUACAAGUAGAGGCAACUGCUAUGUCUAUUGAGCGUACAAGAAAUUUAUUAAUGGAUAUAAUACCAAGGGAAAUUAUUUAUCAAAUAAAAAAUAAUACUUCCCUAACUAAAUCAAUUUAUUUAAUAAAACCUGAAAAUUUCAAUGAUAACAGUAAAAUAGAAGAUUAUUGGAUAACUCUCGAAAAUGCUGGUGUUGUUACAAUUUGUGUAACAAAUUUUUAUUCAGAGCAUAUUUUUACUGUUAAAAAUUUUGAAAGUCAAAAAUUUAGUAAUUAUGAAGAACAAUACUUCCAGUCGAUUGAUACACUAAAUAAACUGAUGAAAAUGUUUGAUCAAUUAUUAGAUAAUCCAUUAUUUUAUGAUGUACAGAAAAUUAAAUCCUAUCAUCAUUGUUAUAUGCUAAUGAGUGGUUCUAAACAGACCGAUAAGUCUCUUACACAUUUGAUAGCUUUACUAGAAUAUUGUUUGCUAGUUAAAGAUAGUAUAAAACAAUUUAACACUGAAUAUUUUUCAAAUCGUCAAGGUUUCACACUGUCGAUUGGUUAUCAUUGUGGUGAAGUUAUAGCCGGUAUGAUUGGUUUAGUGAGACCAAUAUUUGAUGUAUUCGGUGAACCAGUGGAUAUAGCUAAAAAAAUUAUGCUUCAAGACAUAGUGAAUGAAGUUGAAGUUACAAAUAAAGUGAGGGAGCUGUUAAAACUGAAAUAUAACUUUACUAAGAAUGGAAGCAUCAUAUCUACCAUAGAUGAUGAAAUAUCUAUUUAUUCAUGUGCACCUAAGUUAUCAGCUUAAAUAUUGAUUAUUUAGAAUAUACACCACAACUCUUGCAUAACUGUUUACUUGUUGUUGAUGUUUUGUUAACAUAUUUCACUUGUUAAUUAUUUUAAUGGAU